AUAGUGGCAUAUGAUGUAAAAUAGCCUUUUAAAAUGCAACGUAUUUACUUAAUUUUCAGAUGUGAUGGUGAAGGAGGAGAGUGAAGAACUGAGUGAAGAUGAGGAGAAACAUCAUGUCAAAAGUGAAGAACAAACUUGCAUGCUGAUCCACACUGGAGAGAAACCUCACAAGUGUUCACACUGUGACAAGAGAUUUAUUUGUUUAAGAACCCUGAAAUCACAUAAGAGGAUCCACACUGCAGAGAAAACACACAAUUGUGAUCAGUGCGGCAAAACCUUUUUGAGGGCUGGAGACCUAAAGAAACAUCUUAGAGUUCAUACAAAGGAGAAGCCUUAUUCAUGUUCUUUGUGCGGAAACAGUUUUACAGAGACGUCAAGUUUAAGGAAGCAUGAGAAGAUCCACACUGGUGUUAAAGAUCAUUCGUGCUUUGAGUGUGGGAAAGGUUUUAUUAAAAUUGCAGACUUGAAACGACACCUUAGGAUUCACACUGGAGAGAAACCUUACAAGUGUUCACACUGUGACAAGAGAUUCAAUUGUGUAGGAAACCUGAAAUCACAUGAGAUGAUCCACACUGGAGAGAAAACACACAAGUGUGAUCAGUGCAGCAAAGCAUUUUUGAGGGCUGGAGACCUAAAGAAACAUCUUAGAGUUCAUACAAAGGAGAAGCCGUAUUCAUGCUCUUUGUGCGGAAACAGUUUUACAGAGACGUCAAGUUUAAGGAAGCAUGAUAGGAUCCACACUGGUUUGAGAGAGCAUGUGUGCUUUGACUGUGGGAAGAGUUUUAUUACAGCUGGACACUUGAAACGACACCAGAGGACUCACAGUAGGGUUGGGCAAUGUCGACCAAUUUGGCAUUAUACGAUGUCUAAUGUAAAACAUCGCGAUGGACGAAGGCGUCGUUGUCGUAGGCGGCAAUGAAUUAAUUAUUUAUGAAUGAUUAAUUAAUUCAUAAGUAAUUAUUUAGUUGUAGCCUACCGUUUCAACUAGCUG